UGUAAAUUGGGACGCAUAUUCCAUUGUCUAGUCCCCUGAAAGGCUAUAUAUGAACUUAAAAAUGGCAAGCAUUUGAAAACAUGAUCUUAAAUCUUCGUGAGCUUAAAAUAGAUCUAGUACGCUAGCUGCCAUGGAAGAAAACGCCUUAAAGUGCGUCAAAAUUCAACAACACAAUGAAGAUCAAAACGACGAAUCAUCAAUAUUGAUUCCUGGCUUGCCAAAGCACUUAGCUCAUCUUUGUCUUUCCAAUCUUCAUCCUUCACUUCUUUAUGGCGUUUGCAAAUCAUGGCGACGCCUCAUUUACACCUCAUCUUUUCCUCCUUUUUACUGUCUUUAUGUUGUAUGCUCUCGAAGUACUGUUACUUCGAGAGCAUACAACAACAACCGUACUAGCACUAGUACUGUGGAGUUUUUCUGCUUAGAUCCAAUUUCAUCUAAGUGGAUUCCGUUACCAAAUCCACCUACAUCAGAUCCGCCAAUUUCUAUACUACGCCAUCAUCCGUCUUUUAUAUCAAGGAGUCUUUCGAUUCAAUCGUUAACGGUUUCAGAACGAAUGAUUCUUAUUGCAGCAACUACUCAUAAAUUUCUUCCAGCACUUGAACGUCCCUUGGGAUUCGAUCCGUCGUGUAAUGAAUGGUUUUUGGGCCCUAGGUUGUCUACGCCGCGGCGAUGGUGCGGUUCGAGCUCUAUAAAUGAAAAUGUGUAUGUAGCAAGUGGUAUGGGUUCAGCAUAUCAUGGUGAUGUAGCAAGGUCUUUAGAGAAAUGGGAUGUGAAGGAGAAGGCUGAUCAAUGGAAGUGGGAGAAAUUGGAAGGGUUAAAAGAUGGAAGCUUUUGUAGAGAAUUUGUUGAUGCUAUUGGAUAUAGAGGGAAAUUAUGCAUGGUAAACAUCAAAGGACAUGCAGUAAAACAAGGCAUAGUUUACGACGUAACAAAAGAUGAGUGGAAAGAGAUGCCAAAGGGAAUGCUAGAAGGAUGGAAUGGGCCAUCAUCAUCAUCAACAACAAUAAAUGAUGAAAGUGAGAUGUACGUAGUGGAUGAGACAAAGGGGUCAUUGAGCAAAUAUGUAUCAGAAAUUGAUCAAUGGGAAGAGUUGAUUGAAUCUUGUGAUGAUUUGAAAGGAGCUGAGCAAAUUACUGUUGGACGAGGACGAGUUUGUGCCAUUUGUCGUGGUGGACGACUAAUAGUUGUGGUGGAUGUUUCAACAACGCCAGCUAAAGUAAUUCGAGUCGUGAGUACUCCCCCGGAGAUUGAGGCAAUUGCUUUGCAUAUAUUGCCAAGAAUUAGUGUUUAUGACUGAUAUAUAUGCAUAAUAAUAUUGAUUGAUUUGUUAGUAGUUACCUCCAAUUAUUUUUAAAUUACUUGUAACAUAUAUUUUUCAUCGUACUACAUAAAUCUUAAACUCUAUAAAAAAAAAAUAUUUCUUGAAUCUACCACUAUUGAGAAAUUGCCUCAAACACCUC